AUGAACCCGAAGAGGAUCAUGACGUCACUUUCCUCGAUGCUGAACAGUAAGAGCUACACGAUCCUCAACAGAAUGAUAGUGACGCCUCUGAUAUUCCACGCAUACACAGAAGUAAGCAAAAAAAGUCGUAUUAUCGUAAUUGGUGACGAUGAAGAUGAUAAUGGUGGCCAAACACAAACCAUACCUGCUGCUAGUCCCAAUGUUCCUCAAACUGUUAAAACUGAAGAACAACGCCCAGAAUAG